GAGGACAUGGCUGUAGCAAUCAAGAGCGUCCCCUUCCUUUCUUUCCUGCUAGUUCUCUCUUCUAGGGUUUUCCCACCGACGUUCCAUGGCCGGUUGAGGAGCUCCGGUGAUGGCAGAACGACCGACUUCUCUCGCCCCGGACGUUCGCGCGAGAACCCUAACGGACCUCGACGCCGACGUCCUUGCCCACUGCGCCAGCUUCUUGGGCCUGCGGGAGGUCACCAACCUCGCGAUGACCUGCAAGCCCCUCCGUCGUGUCGCCUACUCCGACUCCAUCUGGAGUCGUCUCCUAACGGAGAGGUGGCCAGGUCAAUGCAUAUCUUCUGGAUAUCCAGGUGUUAAAGAACAAUAUUUGGCUCGGCACACUGCACUGCAUCAAAUGAAAUUUGAAGACCCACUGAAAAUUUGGUUCACUACGUACACGAUGCCUCAUAGUCACAUAAUGCUGGACAGAAAUUAUAUCCUUCUUGCUCAGGGUUCAAUCUUGCAAAGGUUGAGAUUUGAACCUUCAGAAGCUGAAGUUGCAGCCUAUGAAACACUGAGAGGUCAUGGCUCAAGAAUUACCUGUAUGAGAUUGUUUCCCAUUGUUGAUACAUCUUUGUUUCGAAGUGAGAUGCAAAAUGAGGCAAAUGUUAUCAUUACUUCAAGCUCUGAUCGAACCAUUCGUCUUUGGUGGAAGGGUCGUUCACAGCGCUGUUUUAAAGGUCAUAAUGGGCCAGUCACUACCCUUGCUGAUAAAUUGCUUGGACAUGGGGGUCGUAAAGUACUUGCUAGUGGAGGAGAAGAUUGCACUGUUCGCCUUUGGUCUGUUAGCUGCAGUGGAAAACACAAUCCUCUAACACUGACAUAUUAUGGACAUGAGAAGCCUCUGUCUUGUUUGUCAGUUGCUAAGCACAAAGAUUCUCUUUUAGUCAGCAUCUCUAAAGACUCAAGGGGCUAUAUUGUGGGACAUUCGGAAAAGCCAAGAAUAUCCAGAACCCAUGGCUGAUUUGGAUUCAAACAGCAGCCGUGUUACGUUGCUUCACAUGGAUCCCUACAAAGUAGUCACUGGAGGCCCAUUUGAUUAUCGAGUUAAUGUUUGGGAAACUGAUACAGGGUUCCUGGCAAAUUCGUUGGACUGUCGUGUACCUGGUGAAACUGAAAACAUUGUUGGCCUGUCAGCUAUCGCAGUGGAUGGUUGUCGAAUUGUUACCGGGGGUUGUGCUGAAGAGCCAGGAGCCAUGUACUAUAGGGACUUCUCAAAUUGUUCGAUCCCUGUAUCUUUAGGCAGCUGCAGUUCUGCUUCAAAGUUUUGGGAGCAGGGAGACUCAUCAUGUCUCUAGUGAAGUGUAGAAGCAUGGUAGGAUGAUAGUUGUUGUAAAGUUCUUGCUAAGUGCAGAUGCAAAGAUUUACGUGCGGAUGGGUUCUGGAAAUUUUUUGAUACAUUGCUCGGUGGUGAAAUAAUGGUUAUUAUGAGUUAGCUGUAAGUAUUUAGACUGGCACUCGGGCUCAGUUUUGUAAAUGAUCAGUGUUCCUUGGAAAUUAAGUCAAGACGGGCAGCUUUUGGCAAGGAGUUGAACGAGAAGAAGUGAAAUUGGUUAUUGUUCCAAAUGCAAUGUCUUGACUCCCUGUUUUUGAUGGUGUAUAAGCAUCGCUUUUGUGGAAAACAUUUUUUUUUUUAUAGGCAUCGCUUUUUCCACCCUCGAUGUAUUAUAGCUUCAUCAAGAAUAUUUUUGUAUGGAAUAGAGAACCAACUGCUGAAUGUUAUCGAGCAUUCAAGGUUUUUCUUGUUGAAAGAA